AUGGCAGAUCUAUUCGCACGCCUACCAGCUGAACUUAGACAUACCAUUUUCAGUGCACUUUCCCACGAGAAAAGCUCCUUGUCGAACGCUCUGGUCGUCAACAGAUCCUGGAAUGCCCAAACCGUCGGAUUUAUCUGGAGCGAGGUUACUUUACGAGAAAUAUGGCACAUUCGCAACUCGCAAAAUGCCCAUAAUUACUUAUCAUUCGUCCGCUCUCUUGUUUUCGGACUGAGCGAUAACCGCUAUCAUGACGAUAUUAUUCAGGCAUGCACGCAGCUACGCAUUCCGAGGCUUGAGAAGAUCUCGUUUAUGCCUGGCAUUAUCCUAAGGAACGAUUCCAUCGACUAUAUUGUUCCAUACCUUCAACCAUCUCUCUUAACAUUCUGUUCAAUUGGUGGAAAGCUGUCGUUGAAACUUCUUUCAGCUUUGAAAGACACAUGCACGCGCCUCGAAGACCUCAGGUUCAAAAUGCCAUUAGACAGCAUCACCGAUGAGGUGAAUGCGGAUGACUUUUACUGCUGGCUCCAGGAAAUUCCAUCACUUCGGGCACUUUCGUUCUUCAACAAAGGCAAUGUCGAAAGCUCGACUGUCGAUGCUAUUAUGAGCCAGCUAUUUUCAAAAUCCACAUUAGAGAGGUUACUUACCAGACCGUUUAGACGCCUUUGUCUAGAAUAUCGCGUGGAUGAGCCAGAAGAAUUCGACACAAGCUCGAUAUGUCAUAGCUUGCGUGAGCUUAGCGUCAUUGUAAGAGCUGAUGUUAUCACAGCUCUACAGGACCUGGGGCGCCUGCAGAUGUUGCAACUGCGGAUUGACGGAGACUACCCAGAAGAUGUACUUUCGCCUAUUUGCUCAUUGGCAGAGUUGAAGUCCCUCAGUAUCAUAUUUACCACCGCGGGCACACUGAAUACCGAGCAAGUUAUGUCAUUGAAGCAUCUUGAUAGACUGGAAAAGCUUGAAAUUCGUACAAGCGAGAAAGCUGCCCGUGGGUUCGAAGGAUACGUACUGAAGAAUGUCAUCCCCAUUAAAUUGCUCCCAUCAUUUGAUGAGAAUGAUUUCGAUGAACUGGCUUCAUCGCUUCCUAAAUUGCGGAAUGUCUGCUUGCUCUUUGACUGGGACCCAGACGGCCGUCGUGUUCUUUUGUCCGCUGCUUCGUUUUGGCCAAACAUCGAGUCUCUUUAUCUGGGAUAUAAUAUUGACCUUUACGAAAGCAUCCUGGUUUCAGAGAAGCCUCUGUUCCCGUGUUUGAAAAAUAUGUCGAAAAUACGCUUUCUAUUCACAGAUGUUACCGGAAACUGUGACUAUAACGAUUCUUUUCUUACCACGCAUAUUGAAAAAAUCGUGGGAAAUCUAUCCCAUGCCUUGCCCGUGCUUAAGGAUAUCGAGAUUAGUGGAGAUCCUAGCGGCCAGCUGACAAUUCCAAUCAUGGUGCAUAAUCUGUGGUUCCCUGGGGACUCGACUUGGAGCUGGAAUAAUCACCGUCUGGAUUGGUGCUGGGAAUUUGAAGGGUAUCUUUGA